CAGCGGCGGCCGUAGCUGCAGCCGCCGCCGCCGCCGCUCGUUGCAGCGCCGGCGCCGAUGCCUCCUCCUGCGGCGGCCCGGCAGGGAAGAUGGCGCCGUCCCACGUCCUCAAGUGUUGCCAGAAGGUGUUGGCCUGGGUGCCCGUGGCCUUCAUCGCUCUGGUCGUGGCCUGGUCCUACUACGCCUACGUGGUGGAGCUGUGUAUGUUUACUAUUUCUUCAACUGCAGAAAAAGUUGUCUACCUUGUGGUUUUUCAUCUGUCAUUUGUCAUGUUUGUAUGGUCCUAUUGGAAGACAAUUUUCACAUCUCCUGCAUCCCCCUCUAAUGAGUUCUGCUUGUCAAAAGCUGAUAAAGAACAGUACGAGAAAGAAGAGAGACCAGAAUCCCAGCAGGAGAUUUUGAGAAGAGCUGCUAAAGACUUGCCUAUCUAUACGACAACAGCAUCGAGAGCAAUCAGAUACUGUGAUCGAUGCCAGCUAAUCAAACCUGACCGCUGCCACCACUGUUCUGCAUGUGACAUAUGUGUACUAAAAAUGGACCACCACUGUCCAUGGGUGAAUAAUUGUGUGGGAUUUUCUAACUACAAAUUCUUCCUCCUGUUUUUAAUGUAUUCCUUACUGUACUGUCUGUUUGUUGCUGCUACAGUCUUGCAGUACUUCAUAAAGUUUUGGACACUUUGCCGCAGGAAAGCUGCAGAGAAUUGUCCAAAGAAUGAAUUGCCUGAUACCCAUGCAAAAUUCCACGUACUGUUCCUUUUCUUUGUGGCAGCCAUGUUCUUCAUCAGCAUACUGUCACUCUUCAGCUACCACUGCUGGCUAGUUAGCAAAAACAGAUCAACCAUAGAAACAUUCCGUGCACCCACAUUUCGAAAUGGCCCUGAUAAAAAUGGCUUUUCUCUUGGAUGCAGCAAAAAUCUGAGGGAGGUUUUUGGAGACGAAAAGAAGUAUUGGCUACUCCCUAUCUUUACCAGUUUGGGUGACGGAUGUAAUUUUCCGACUCGUUUGGUGAUAAUGGAUCCAGAGCAACUUGCUGUCUCAAGCCAAAAUGAACCUGCCAAAAGCUCUGGCGCCAAUCAGACCUUUCCUCCUCGACCGCUCAGUGAAUCACAAAACCGAUUGCUAGCCAAUGACAGCCAGUGGGUGGAAAGUGGCCCUGAAGAGGAAAAUGUUAAAUCAGGUGCAAAAAAGCAUAUUAUAGUUUCAUUGGAAAGCUGAUCUCAGCUUAUUACUAAACAACCAUCUCAGUGAGAAACAGGUUUCUGCAACACAUUUUGUGCUUGAAUAUUACUUAAUUUUGUUUGGAAGAAGUUGAUCAGUGAAAAAUGGAACAUGAACAUUUUAGGAAGAGACAAGAAAUACAAAUUUCUGCACAGUACAAUGGAUUCUUGUAAGCACUAUUGCAGAGCAGGGAAGUUAAGACAGAUGCCUUAAGAUUCUUAAUGUGCAUUUAUGCAACACUGAAUUACAUACUGCUACCAAAGGGCCAAAUCCUGAAGUGCCCUGCUUGGAUGCACAAGGUCCAGGGUGGGAACUAUGCAUUUCUGUUAUGCUGCAGUGGUGGGGGUAGACUGCAGAGACUCCUACCUCCCCACGGGCAAACUUCAUACCUUAGGCACUGCAGAAGUCACUUCCGUAGCAGGUCUCCAAGGUACAGAAAGAAAUGGAAAAGGAAAAAAAGAGAGAAAUCAACAUAGAGCAUGGCCGGUGAGUCUGAAGUGCAACUAUGCAUAGUUCAAACACCAGGUGACAGGGAAGGGACUGGAUGAUGUCUUCUACCCUCUUUCUACUAACCAGUCUACCCCAUGUUCAUAGCUCUCCAGGUCUUUCAGGAUUCCUUCUACUAGCUGUGCUUUGGAGCAAGGCAAUGCCAACAACGUAAAAGCCUUUUACUUGGGUGUUGCUUUUUUGUUAUGGGAUUGAGCCACCUCAUCAUUUUAACUUGGUUUAUUUAACCAUAUCAAGAAUAGAGCUCAAAGAAGCAAACUUGGUUUUUAGUUGAAAAAAACACGGAUUGUUACUUUCCAGCAAUUGUCUAUCAGCGUACAAAGAAAAGCCAAUCCAAAAAGGAACUAAUGAUUGUUACAUUUUCUGUUAAUGUCUGCAGUGUUCUGUAUGAGGCAGUAACAAAAUGGUAAAGUACCCCUGAGAAAAAUCUUACUGCAGUUGUGUGUUGUUAGAAAACGGAACUGGAAGAGUACUGCUUUUUCUAUGGGACUCUUGAUGGUUUAUAAAUACUGUUUUAUACUUCUGUUUUAUCUUUUUAAUAAAGGCACAAGUUUUUAUUGGUACUAAAGUACCAUUUAAACAAAUGCAAAGUACUUAAGAGAAAAUUAGUGUCAGAUCAUACAUCUGUGUUAACACACUGAAAAUCUGUAUGCUUUAGUCUGCCACUUUCAAGUCCAGUUCAAGUGACGCUGACAUUGCUAAAGGUUGUUUUGUGCAGUGAUGUACCUCUUCACAAAAGGCAAAAUGUAUUUCUUGUGUGAGGAACGAAGUCUCUCUCAAGCUCAAGAUUUACAGCAAGCAACGUGGUUUUCUUUCCCCUCACUCCUCUGUAGAGAAGACCGCUAACUCGUCUGCGGGUGGGAUUGGAAUUCUGCACCUGGAAAAAGUGACAGAUACUCUCUUCCUGUCUGUAACUUUUCUGAUGUUCAGUUGAUGCUGAUUACAAAUAGACAUGAGCCCUUUUGAGACUGAAGGUAGUAGCAGAGUUGAUCUGGACCGAAAGAACCUGUUUGGUUUCUCUCCCAAGCUGAUUGCUACUUAAUUCAAAUACGUUUAUGAUGGAGAUAGUAAGGUAUCAAAUAUACUGUAAGGUUUAAAACAAGUUGUUUUUUUUUUCUUCGGAAAGAAUAAAUUUUUCUUAGACUUUAAUCUUUUAGAACAAGAACACUUUGAGAACCUAUGAACAUGCUUUGUUUGCUGUUGGAUGUUCUUGAGACAGAAGUAGUCCAAACUUGCAUGUUUUAUAGAAGUUGCAGAAUGUAUCUUCAAACUUUGUACAAGAAAUUUUGCAUUUGCUACUUUCAAAACUUACUAAAGCAUUUGAUACGCAUUAAUCUGAAAGGUUCAGCAUUUUCUUCUCAAACAGUGAGCAGUACUGCACCAGCAGAAUUUCUUGGGGAAGACCAGAGAGAGAGAAGACUGCAAGUUCAAAUGGCUCGUUCUGAAUUCCAAAAUCUGGAGUCCCAAGCACUGGUGCAGCUGUAACAGAGGGCCUGGGGUAUCAUCUGGCUUUUACAGCAUCAGCGUCUUGCAGCUGAGAUCACACGUGCACAGUCAUCCUCUAGCAGAACUAUAAGCAAAAUCUAGGUCUCUAAUAUGGUAAAUAUCACCCCCCUCACAAAGUGCGCAAUAUAUCCCCAUGUGAAUGUAUAUAUACUGUAGGCUAUCAUCACUAUAACUUGUUUGAUUUCUUAAGUCAGGAUAGUUAAUCUACAGGAACAACUGCGAGUAAACAGACUGGGCUAAAUCCAUGUGUGUUCCGUAGCAAAUGCUGGUCUUCUGAAGCCAGCUCUUCCACAUCUGGUGGACGUUCCUGUGGCUUUUCAUGAAGAGCUGUUAUUUCUGACAUCUUUGUGGAGAUCACGGGUACAUUUUGUCCCAGAUUUUUCUCGUGUUUCAGAUGUUUAGGAUACUCUUGAGGCCAGAUUUACUGUUGGUGUAAAAGCAGGCAUUACUGAAAAGUCAGUUUGACAAAUAUGAAAUGUAGUGAAAUGAUUCAAGUAUGAUUCUUACACAUCCCUCCCUCUCAACCCUUCCCCCCCCCCUCCCCCUUUUUUCUUCCCAGAGAACUGGUUAUGAAGAGAAACCCCAGACUGAUAGAAAGGAAUUAAGUUCUUUAAGGGAACUGUAUUGAUGAGCAAUAAGGGCCCACCAGUGAGUGGGACUGGGGAGUCAGGUUUUCCUGGCAGGCUCUGGCUGUGGAGGAGGUACCACAUCUAAGGUGGCAGGAUGACAUCUUCUGUCUUUGAGCUGUCCUGCCAGCUCCUGAGCCAUAAGCAAGGACAUUCUGUGCUGUAUCAAAGACUGGGAAAGGCAAAAGGAGGGAGCAAGCCAGGAAUUAAAGAGUUGGUGAGAACGAACUGCUGUUUGGCUGUUGAGAUGCAAACAGCAGAGGCAGGGGGGCAUAGGGGUGCUCCAGGACAUAGGUCCUUUUGGCCCAUGCGCUGAAGAACUAAAAACUUCCAGGGAAUGCAGCAGGAAGAGCAGCCCUGCCUCUUCAGGAGGCCCAAAUGGGAGAUAGGUCCUGAGAAAAAAACUGGUCGGGGUGCUGGGUCAUGCGGUACACGCUGGGUUUGUGCUUUAACUUACUCUGUAUCAGCAGGUCUUGAAAAUACCUAGAUCGUCACUAAAAAUAACAGCCCUUAAGCUUUUAGAGCCAUCAAAGAAUUCCUAUUGCAAGCUAUAAGUAGUAUUGUAGUUACUGUAGGAUGGUUGACUUUGGCUGCAAUUACAAACUAUGCUUUAGUAUUUCUUACUGCUUUUUUCUUUUUAAAAAAAAAUCCACAUCCACACAGGAGUCAUACACACAAAAUGACAUUAAACUCCCAGUGUGAGGACAGAAGCCUGACAUAGGGGCAAGAUUUCUGUGUGACUUCUUCUCCAGAUUUCUGAAAUGAAUUAAGAUGAUAAACCUGUCCUGGUGGAGAUGAGGCAAGGAAAUCCAUAAAUUGAAAAGAAUUCUUAAAACUACUUAAAACAAUUAAUACUGUUCUGUGUUUUUUUCUCACAGUGAUUUAUUUAUGGACUGUACAAGAUACACACGUAACUGCUGCUCCUACCAAAGGCAUGUGAUAGGAGGAGGGCAGGGAGAGGUGUGUAGGUUUCUGUCACCACUCAUUUCCAACAGUAUUACACCAAGAUUGCAGUGUCACAUUAGAUGCAUCAUAACCCUUUGGUUGAAAACUUCCAUUUUAAACAUUCAGAGGGUUAUUUUAGAGGGACUUCGGGCACUUUUAUUUUUAGUGAUUUGAGUAGAUACUACGGUAACGUUUUUGUUAAAGCUGCCCCUUGAGUGUGGAAUUCACAGGUACCGACCUGCUGGUGGUGUGUGCUGGUCUUAGAAACUGGGCCUGGUCUCCAGACUGCUUAAAUGCCUACCAUUUUCAGGUACUGUUUCUUCCCUCAUUUGGUCUUGCGUGGCUAUUCUGUAUUGUAAAUAAUCUUUUGGGGUUUGGGAGGUUUGGUUAAGUUCAAUACCACACGAUACACACUUGACUUUCUUGAUGCAGCUGAAGUGUGGUCCAGCUGUAGCUCCCCAGGGCCCCAGGAGGAGGCAAAAGCAGCGUUUGCAGCAGCGCUGGCCCCUGGCAGAUUGACCAGGAGGUGCGUUGACUGACAGAAAUUAACCCGAGCUGCCUAGAGCUGGAGCACUGACUGAUCAUGCUGAUUAAAAAUUAAACAAACAAACAAAACCACAACAAAACAACAAACUUUGAGCUUCAUAGUAUAUGUUCUCUGAAGACACUGUCUAAAAUUGUAUGUAAUUGGGGGAUUCAGGUAUGCACUUACAGAGGCUCCAAAUAGCAGCUACUUCAACUCAGUGCAGAUCAAGAACACAUCUUUCACAGUACCUAAAAAAUAUCCAGGUAUGUAACAUCUGAGGCUCUUCUAUCCCUAAAUGGCACCAAAGAGAGCAGCUGCAUAUAAAGUGAUUUGUUAAAAUACUGAACUCACUUACUACACUCAUUUCUAUCAAUUUAUUUUGUAUAUAUACAGACAGCUUUUUAUAUGCAUUUUUCUUAACUACGUAACUGUCAUGAAAUGUAAUGAAGCUGCAAGUUGUAGUUAGUUUUAUUGCUGAUUAAACCUGGUGUUUGGUUGUUUGUUUUCUGCAGCAAUUACUUGAAUCUUGUUUCCAUUAGGUAGUAAAGUCUGAUAAUGUUUACAGGAUUGUUUGCUUUGUUUUGGGGCUGGGGAAAGGGGUGUCCCCAUUUUUCUUCCCCAAGAGGCAGAGAGCACGUGCUCAGCAGGCAGGCGGGUGGGUUGGGAUGAAGCACUGGGAUCACCUCUACUGGCACCAAAGCAUUCAUGGUGACAGGCAGAGUCCCUUCCCUGCACGUCGCCUGGCUGACAACUUCCAUGCUCGGCACGUUUCUCUGAGCAUUCUCCUCUCCCUCAACCCCUUGCCAUCAGCUUUAUUCUCAGACACUUAAAUCCUUCUGAACGGCAAUUCACAAUCAAAAACAGCCCAGAAAGAGGCAGCGAUCCUGCUGCUCAAAAUCUGCCUCCUCUCCCUCUCCCCUUUUUAACUUGGAUGAAUUAAACAUCCCCGGGUUAUCGCUGCAAUUACUUUUGAACUUGCCAGCAAGGGUCAUAAACAUUUGCACUAAUCACAAUGUCCCAGCUGUUCUGCUUCCACAGUUAUUUUUAAUUGUGCUGCCGAAACUUGUAAUGAGCUGUAUUCAAGUUGGAAGUGAAGUGUAAAAGGUGUAUGUAAUAAUGACACGUUUAUUGUAAGUUUUUGUAUGUUACAGGUAGGACUAGUCCUAUGCACAGAGAAAACAUGUUGCCAUUUAUAGUUUAAUACUUGAAGUAACUUUUUAAAAUGGGCUUUUAUAAAAUGAAUUAAAUAUUAAAUCACAUUGCUUUGCCUGGAAGUUCCGUCAUGUUUUAAUUGUAUUGUGCAAUUUCCCCGUAUGUAUACUUUUCCGUAAAUGUUAUCUUAAGCCAUUUAUAACCAUUGAAAGUGCAUUCAGGAUUUUGUACAUCAGUGUUCAGACCUGUUCAUACUUCUCUGAAGUAUAAUUCAUGUUAAAUAAUAAUAAAAAAAAAAGUUGUACCAUUUUAGGCCUCUUUUCCAAAGAGAUAAAAUAUGAAUGGACUUGACACUUGAACUCAUCAGUGAAUGCAACAUCAACUUAAUAAAAGUAUGUGAAAGAAUCUGAAAA